AAAAACCACGAAGAGCUGAGUGCUUCUGGCAUUGCAUGAUCCCUUCCGAUUGCUUUCGCCGGCCUCUCUCCGACGUCCAAAGUAGAAGCACUUCGCCGGAAAGCUCUCUCCGUUCUUUGCCGGUGGACUCAUGGAAAUUCUCAAAGGGUGUCCUGAAGCCGACGGCGCGAUCAUGAUGACGUUUGCCGAACAAGUCGCUUUCGCGCGAAAAAUGGUGACGCAAGACCCAUCUGGUGGGUGGCAAAAGUGCUGGGAACUGGGAGUUACACCAUGGGAUUUGGGAGGACCUACUCCCGUCGUUGCUCAUCUUUGCGAGACGGAUUCGUUGCCUGAUGGCCGGGUUUUAAUCCCAGCAUGUGGAUCCGGUUAUGAUGUGGUAGCAAUGGCAUGCCCUACACGUCGUGUCAUUGGGUUGGAUAUAUCAGAAGCUGCUGUUGAGAGAUCGAAAAAGAGGUUUUCAUCAUUGCCAAAUGCAGAAUAUUUUUCAUUCUUGAAAGGAGACUUCUUCACUUGGCAGCCAGCGGAACCAUUUGAUCUCAUUUUCGAUUAUACAUUCUUCUGCGGCCUCAGUCCUGACAGGAGACCAUUAUGGGCAAAACGUAUGCAGGAGCUUCUAAAGCCCGGUGGGGAGCUUGUAACGUUGAUUUUUCCUCUAGAUGACCGUUUUGGGGUGCCGCCAUACGUAGUAUCAGCAUCUGACUAUGAGAAGAUCCUGAUUCCCUUAGGCUUUGAGGCAGUCUCCAUCGUAGAUAACGAACUCUCUGUAGAACCACGCAAGGGAAUAGAGAAGCUGGGAAGAUGGAAGAAAUCAUCCUCCAUCGAGUCCACCGCUUGAAGUCCGCUGAUGAAUAUCACAAGCUUUUCUUACGUUAUGCGUAGAAAAGCCGAAUGUAUCCCGUAAAAAAAUGGCGUGCGAUAAACAUGCGUUUUCUUUACCUCUCCUUAUCUCAGAUGUUCUGUAAUCGGUGGGUACUGCCGAGAAAACGUGAAGACAAGUGAUAAUGUGGCUGAUAUCAUGGCCCUUUACUAUCUUCUAAUAAUCUUUAGUUCCCGUC